AUGGAUAACAAACUGACUCUUCUAUAUAGUCUCUGUAUGCAUAUUGAUAAGCCCCAUCUUUUUAGCAAGGCAUCAAGGAAGGAAUAUUCAGAGUUUGAUUAUCAGAUUAAGUUCUGGGGCGUGAUUUUUGAAGCCUUUUUUUAUAAUGACGACUACAUGCUGCAUUGGGGUGACACUGUAUCAAAGCCAUGCAAAAGAAACAACUUACGUUUUAAGGCUGAUUUACGUAUCGUCGUAAUGUCUAAGGAUGAAGAUGUUGUUGAUGGCACAACCGCUGAAGUUGCAAAGAAGGCACAACCUUUUUAUUUUAAUACCUCACCAAAGAAGUUGUUUAUGGACAAGCUCAAAUCUGUACUUGGUACCAAGUGUCAUGUGAACAAUUUCCUCUCCUCGGUUCCCUUUAUACCAGCAAAAGACAUUAAGAAUGUAGUGUUCCCUAUCGUACAGAUUAUGGGUUUCGAUGUCCAUAUCUACUCCCUCCAAUUGGUCAACAGGAGUUUAUACGUAUUGCAAGAUCUUGAUUCUUUCUCGUUUCCGACAAAUUACACGUCACUUAAGCACGGUUUAGCUAAAGUUAUCAACGGUCUAUCAUGCAUUGAAUCAUUGCUAGUGUUCGGAUUUUCCGGGCUUGUACCGAUCUUGCGCCAGUCCGAACAAAGCUCGAGUCAAGUUUUUGUACUCGAGCAUACGCCACCUUUUUUGGAUUCGAGCAAUCUUCGACUGGAACAUCAUCGAAGCUUACUCGAGAGUUUCGAUUUUUAUUCCGAACACUAGUCAUUGCUCAUUGAACUCAAGACUGUGUACGAAACAUACCAGGUGGACGAUGACGAUGACUUGCCAAGAAUACUCAGUGGCGCCAGCAAAAAUAGGAAGACCCCGAUCAACUGCUGGACCACUGAUUUCAUUUGGAAUGAGAAAGACGAUGGCGAUUUGGAAGAAUUUCCAUCGUUUUUUUGGCUGAGGAGUAUGAAAAUGUAAGGUUCUAAUUGCCUUAAUGGACCAAUUUUUUUUUUUUUUU